AAAGAACAAAGAAAGAAAGGAAAAAAAUAAGUAACAGGAGAAAGAGAAGAAAGGAAGAAAAUGGGGAAGAAGAGGAAGAAGAUUGAUUGAUUGAUUGAUAGUUUAUUGUUGCAAGUAAACAACAAAUUAAGGAGAAGGGAGGAGCAUGCCAUCCCAACCCCCAGGCAGUACAGAGUGUGAAGGAAAAAAGAGAAAGGGAAACAGAAGCAGGGAAAGAGAGGAAGAGGAAGAAAAUAAUUAAUGUUUAGCGGUGAACAUAACCUGACAGCGGCCUGCGACUCCCUGUGCACACACCGUCAGCUGGACGCAUCGAUCCCGCGGCGACCCGUGUGUGUGAGAGUGCUGCGCCGCCCUUGUCCUGCGGCGCCCGGCGUGACUCCUGUAGUGGCCACGGCAGCCACACCCACCCUCAGGCAAUGUUGUGGCAGUGACAAACAUGAGCUGCCAUCUGAUGUGGCAGGGGUGGACUGGGGGCGUGAGUCUGCGUCCCCAGGCCCGCCUAGAUGUGAAAUGGCUCAAGUCUGACCUACAGAGCCUAUUACAGCCAGACAAUCUUCCAUCGCUCUAUAAUCAGAUGGUGAAGGAUGGAGAAGUUGUUGGACCACAUGUUGAAGGGAUUCUUAACUCAGCUGGAGCCACUGCACGGAAAGGUGAGAGUGGCCACUACUACUGCAGCAUGAGGGUACUCACCUGCCCCUGCUGUGAUGGCAUCUGUGGGCCGCAGAGUGGGUGUAAUUGUGGGCCCUGUCAGAAACUGGACAGGGAGGAGGCUGAGCGGGAGUAUGAGAGUGGCCAGAGCUCCACACCACCCUCAUCCUCACUCCUUGAGGGGUGGCGCUGGGGCCCUCAGCCACAGGAAGAGGAACUGAGGAAGUGCCUUGAUGCCCU